AUGUUGUAUCUUGGAGGCACACAACUUCAGCGUGUGUUCUCGAAUCUUCCAGAUACCGAGAAGUUUGCGUUUGUGGCUCUAGAGAAGAAGUGGUACGAUGUGGCGCUGGAAAGAUUGGACGAUUUUUUUCAGCCCAUGCGGCAGGAUACAUUGGAACGACAUCGUCUGCGUGAAAUGAAACAAAUGAAGGAUGAGCGAUUUGCACAAUACGUGUUGCGGUUGAGGCAACAGGCUGCUGAUUGCGGAUUUGAUAAGCAUCACCCGGAAGUUUCAAAAGUCUUGAUGGAGAUAACACUGAUCGACGUGAUUGCAGAAGGGUGUACUUCCAACGAGCUACGACGCAGGAUUCUCAAAGAGGAUCAAACGCUACAGGAAAUUGAGGCCCUGGGAGCAAUGUUCGAGGGGGUAGAAGAACAGUUGAGAAAUUUAACAAACACUCAGCAACCGGAGAAUAAAACCUACCAAGUUACACAGAAUCCUCGACAGAAUCUAAAGACGGACAGUAGAUAUUCAGGGCGUGAUCGAAUCUCUUGUUUCAACUGUGGCAUGACUGGACAUUUUUCCAGUUCUCCGCAAUGUCCAGCACGGAACCAGGAAUGCAGAAACUGCAAACGAAAGGGCCACUUCAAGUCAGUUUGUCGAAAAGCUAAGACACGUUCCGUUUUUCAGCCGCCAGCAAAGAAGGUGCGAGUGGUGGAGGCACUGGAAGAAUUGUCAUCAAACAUUGGGAAGUCGUCUGAAGCAAAAGCCUACUAUGCUUUUUAUUCGGGCAAUAAACAAAACGUUAUCCGUUGUUGCGUUGGAAAGAUCGAAUGGCAGUUUUUAGUGGACUCAGGUGCUGAUUGUAACUUGAUCACACCGAUUGCGUGGAAAAAGAUGAAGGAAGAAAACAUUCAAGUACAUUCAUCGAAUAAGCGAAGUGGCCGUAUUCUGAAAGCGUACGGAAGCGAAAACCCAUUGAAGAUUCUAGGCAGUUUUAUAGCUGACAUACAGGUUGGUCAAAAGCGCACUACAGCCGAGUUUUUUGUUGUUGACGGCGGUCAGCAGUGUCUCCUAGGAGACCUGACAUCGAAGCAACUAGGGGUGCUUAAAGUGGGGCUAGAUGUACACAAUAUCGCGGAACAAACACAACCAUUUGCUAAAAUCUCGGAGGUACAGGUUAUGAUACAUAUGGAUCCUAAUGUGAAGCCUGUUUUCCAACCGCUGAGAAAAGUGCCAAUUCCACUCGAGAGCGCAGUGAACCAGAAGCUCGAACAGCUUCUUGCCCGGGAUAUCAUUGAGGCGAAAACUGGACCGACCACAUGGGUAUCACCGCUAGUUGUUGUUGGGAAGUCGAACGGAGAGCCUAGAUUAUGCCUGGAUUUACGAAGAGUCAAUGAAGCAGUUUUACGGGAGCGACAUCCAAUGCCGGUGGUAGAGGAGUAUUUGGCACGCCUAGGGAAGAAUAUGAUUCGAAGCAAAUUAGACAUACGUGAAGCAUUUCUUCAAGUAGAACUGGCUCCAGAAUCUCGCGACGUGACAACUUUCAUCACAAGCAAAGGCCUGUUCCGAUUCAAGCGUCUGCCUUUCGGAUUAGCGACGGCUCCGGAGGCAUUUCAAAGAACAAUGGAUGAAAUAUUAACCGGUUGUGAUGGAACACACUGGUACUUGGAUGAUGUUAUCGUAGAAGGCGGUACGCUGACUGAACAUGACGAAAGAUUAAACAAGGCAUUUGAAUAUACUGUAAAGCACAUUGCGGGGGAGAAAAAUGCCGCUGAUGCGUUAUCGCGUCUGGCAACCGGAAAUUCAGAACCUUUCGACGUAAACGAAGAGUUGAUCAUUAGAGAAGUAGCAACAUCGGCUGCAAAUGCCAUAGCUUUAAGGUGGCAAGAUAUUGAGAGCGUAAGUUUGCAAGACGAGGAAAUUCAGACGAUAUUAGAAUUGCUUAAAUCGGGAUUAACAAUGGAGCUUCCCAUUCCAUACCGUGUCAUCGCAAAUGAACUCUGUGCUGUAGGAGAGGUGUUGUUGCGCGUAGAUCGUAUAGUUAUACCGAAAAGCCUACGAGAAACAGUCCUAAAAUUAGCUCAUGAGGGUCAUCCUGGCAGCAGGAUGAUGAAAGCGCACUUGCGCACUAACGUGUGGUGGCCGAAGUUAGAUCAGGAUGUGGACAGAUUUGUAAAGUGCUGUCGAGGAUGUUCUUUAGUGUCAGCCCCAGAAGCGCCGGAGCCAAUGGAACGUAGAGAAAUGCCGUUGCGACCGUGGGAAGAUGUGGCUGUAGACUACCUAGGCCCAUUACCUGAAGGUCAGCAUCUAUUGGUGGUCGUGGACUAUUAUAGUCGAUAUUUAGAGGUGCGAGAGAUGAUGUUGACAAACGCAAAGGCUACAAUUCAGGAAUUAAGUGCUAUUUUUGCUUUGUUUGGGCUACCAGUAACACUCAGAGCGGACAAUGGACCACAGUUUAGCGGAGAAUGCGAUGAGUUCAAAUCUUUUUGUCGAGAUAAUGGAAUCCGACUUGUCAAUACGAUUCCCUAUUGGCCACAACAGAAUGGCGAGGUAGAAAGGCAGAACAGAUCAAUCCUUAAGCGUCUUAGAAUAGCACAAGAACUAGGACACGACUGGAGAAAUGCACUUAGUCAGUAUUUGCUGGUGUAUCACUCCACAAAUCAUUCCACGACUGGGAAAGCGCCUUCUGAAUUGAUGUUUGGUCGGCGAAUUCGUAAUAAAUUACCAUCAGUUCCAUUUUCACGACAAGAUGACGAAGAAGUGCGUGAUAAGGAUAAACUACAGAAGGAAAAAGGGAAGGAAUAUUCCGAUGCUAAACGAAAGGCUCAUCCUAGCGAGAUAGCAGUGGGAGAUCGUGUGCUGGUAAAACGAAUGAAGAAGACAAAUAAAUUAGAUGCAGAUUUCCUGAAUGAGGACUUCAUUGUAAAGCGCAGAGAAGGAGCAGAUUGUACAGUACAAUCGAAGCUGUCUGGGAAGGAAUAUCGCCGGAAUGUCGCACAUUUGAAGCGACUGCAACAUGAUGAUGAACCAGACUUGGUGUUUGGCGAUAAGGAGCAAGGUGUAGAGGAGACAGACAAUGGAGUGGAUCCGGAAUCGGUGCAACCCUUGGAGAUGCCUCAUAUACAACUGUAG